AUGAAGGACAGCUCUGUCUUAAACUUACCCUCUUAUUCAUCUCAUCCUUAGGAAAAUCAAAAUGGCUAAUAAAAUGAAAUUAGUGAGACCAAUAGCAGUCAAAGAACAAACAACCGAAGUGAAAUGGGUUUUAGUUAAUAAGAAGGAAGCAAGAAUACAGAAGGCACAAAAAAGAAAAUCAACAAAGAAUAAGGUUAAAAUGGGAUAAAAAAUUAAGGCCAUUGGACUAAUCAGGAACAUCAAAUAUACGUGGAGUUCUUGGAGUAGCAUCAUUGCACAUCGAUGCAGAGUCAAUAAAAUAGAAAGAAUAACAAAAUCUUCAAACUUAUGUCACAAACAAUAGGAACUAGAUCUCCAUCCUAGUGCAGAUCGCACCACCAGAAAUUCAACCCUUAUACAGCAGCAGGGUAAAAAAGGAACAAGAGAAAUCGCAGGAGAUUAAGCAAUUAAAAUGUAGAAGGGGAGAACUUCCAUAAUAUGACAACAAAACCCAUGAUAUAAUUUAAUACUCCAACGGUGAAACCCAUUUUAGAUCAAUGUUAUGAUGAGUGCGAUGGUUACAUCUCAAACUAUGAGGAUUCACGUCCUUAGUUACAAAAUUAUUGUGGCAACUCCAACUUCGAUUACAAAUACGGGAAUAGAUGGGAUUGUGAUUCAGAUCUUUAUUGACUGGAGUUAUCAUAUUCGAUUUGUUUAUAAAAUUAUAAUAAAAAAA